AUGAAAUCUGAUGGUAGUCUUACCAAAAAGAUGCGCCUUUUCAUUAAUAGCUAUAACCCACUUGGGAUCCCUUACAAGAUGUCUAAAGGGGUUAAGAAGAUUAGGAAGAGGUUGGAUGCCAUUGCUUACAACAAGCAGCUUUUGUUCGAACAUGAUCCUAAGUCGAUUAGAGAUCGAAGGCCUGAGACUUGUUCUUACAUACAUGAAAAUGAAAUUAUUGGAAGAGAAACAGUGUUGAAGGAAAUUGUCGAUAUGCUGCUUGAUUUGGAUGCUCAAAAUAAGGUUUCUUGGCUAAGUAUUGUGGUUUAUGGGAGGAAGCGACUAGAUGUGGUGACGGUUCUUCGUAAGAUUCUAACAUCGGCAAGUACUAGCAACAAUUUUGAUAUGAGUUCUAGCUUGGAUUGUGUACAGAUCCAACUCCGGGAACAACUUGCUGGCAAGAAAUGUUUGCUUGUGUUGGAUGAUGUAUGGACAGAAGAUCGAGUUCAAUGGAGAUGGUCGAAUGUACAAGCUACAAGCCUACAAGGCUUGUUGGAUGAGAAUUCGUGGAAAUUGUUUAAAAAGGUAGCAUUUGGAUCGGAUACAACAAACCCUCCUGAUGAUUUGGUUGAGAUUGGCCAGGAAAUAGUUGAUAGAUGUGCUCGAGUCCCUCUUGCAAUAAAAGUGAUAAGAAGUCUUUUAUUUGGACAAGAUAAUAGCAAGUGGGAGUUGGUUCGAAAGAUUGGUUUAGCCAACAUUAUGGUGGGUGAAAACAACAAUAUUAUGCCCAUUUUGAAGAUGAGUUGCCAUCAUCUUGAGCACCCAUUGAAAAGUUUUUUUAGUUAUUGUGCGAUAUAUCCCCAGGAUUAUGCGAUUGAAAAGGAGACGUUGAAAAGAUUGUGGAUGGCGCAAGGUUAUGUAGUUCCAAGAUACGCAGGUCAGAGCAUUGAAGAUGCGAGUGAGGAGUAUUUUUGUGCUUUGUUGAAGAGGUGCUUUUUUCAAGACAUACUAAGAGGUGAAGCCGGUGAGAUUUGGUUCGUUAAGAUACACGAUCUCAUGCAUGAUAUCGCUCAAAGUGUUUCAAAACACGAGAUUUAUACAGCAGCAACUAUUAGUGACAACUUGGAUAUCAAUGUUUAUCGUCAUCUAUCAACUUACAACAACGGAAAGUUUAGCAAAUACUUGGUGGUUGAGAACCAUCUGCGGUCAUUUCUUCAUGCUGAUGGUGAACUCGGUGACAAUAACUUGGAGGCACUCGUGGGAAGUUGCCGGUAA